AUGCGGCCGAGCCUCACCCUAUCGCGGUCAGCGAGGCAGAAAGAAGACGAGGGCCUCGAGUCUCAAAGCACGCACAGCUCCCUGACGUCCAUCACGUCGUCGGUCCUGUACGGCGUCGUUGCCGAGGGACAGCGAACGUAUGCUGCCUACGGCAAGGAGGAAUAUGGCUUCCCCAUGGACGAUCGGGAGAUGGAUCGCAUGGACCUGUGCCACUCCAUGUACUACGCGCUGUUGGACAAGAAGCGGUUUUCAGCCCCAAUCAACCCGAAUCCGCAGAGGAUCCUCGACCUCGGGUGCGGAACAGGCAUCUGGGCCGUGGACAUGGCGGACGAAUACCCCAGCGCAGAGGUUGUCGGCGUCGACAUUGCUCCGACGCAGCCGGAUUGGGUCCCCCCGAACUGCUCGUUUGAGCUCGACGACAUCGAACAGCCGUGGACGUGGAAGGAGAGCCAGGCCGACUUUAUCUUUGGGCGGGACCUGUUUCUCUCGGUCCGGGACUUUCCCAGGCUCAUCGACCAAUGCUACAGACACCUCAAGUCCGGCGGGUGGCUCGAGUUCCAGAGCGUGACGGGCAUCGUCCAAUGUGACGACGGGACCUUGCCAAAGGACAGCGCGUACCAGGCCAUGUCAGACAACGUGGAGCAGGCGUGCAAGCAGUUUGGGACGCCCGUCGACGACCCGCUGCGGUGGAAGCAGUGGCUGGUGGAGGGCGGGUUCGAGGGCGUGACGGAAAAGGUGCACAAGCUGCCGUGCUCGCCGUGGGCGCUGGACAAGCGGCUCAAGCUGGUGGGCAUGUGGGAGCAGCACCACCUGCUCAACAACGUCGACGGCAUGAUUAUGCGGCUGUUCCACAAGGGCCUGGGGUGGACGGAGCAGGAGAUUCUUGUCUUUGGGGCCAUGUUCAGGAAGGAUCUCAGGGACCUGUCCAUGCAUGCCUAUUUCCCUUACCAUGUUGUCUACGGACGCAAGCCACUGUAA